UCGAGCGCGCCAAGUACAUCCCGCUCCGGUUGGACAUGGACGAGCGCAAGCUCCUCCGGCUGCUGGAGGCUGCGCUCCACGUGAGCGAGUACACGGACAAGGUUGACGUGCUCACGUUCAGGUCCAAGACACAGAGAAUCACGAAGCAGCUGAAGGAGAUCUGCGCCAUCAUGUGCGGUCUGGUGGUGGCGACCGACUACCGCGCGGGGCAGGAGCUCAUCAAGGACAAAGACUUCGAGCACAACGCGCGGUUCUUCCAGAGUAUCUUCGAGAUUGGCCGCCGGCACAAGGUGAUGAACCCGGAAAAGAUGCGAAGCGAAUACGGCAAGAUGAUCUACCUGCUCCAGGACUCGCAGAUGUCUGACGUUCAGGAGCUGCUCAACUUCAAGCUCGUCAAGCCCAUGCGCACCGCGCACGCGCUGCUCGCGGAGAAGAACGGCCUGGCGAUGCUCAGAGACGGUUUGAUGCAUCAGGCCACCGCCGAGAUUAUGCACGAGGGCAAGCCGAGGAUCCAAGUGCAGCGUGAGAUCAAGGCGAAGGAGAAGGCUCGCGAACACCUCUCGCGGCGAUACUCCCACGCGGACCUGAGCAGUGAGGAGAUCUUGAGCGUCCUCUACUCCAUCUCCGACAACAACGCGUACCUGCGAUUCAACCGCGACCCCGUGGACCGCAUGAUUGACUUUCUCAAGCGGUACUUUGACCCGAAGACCCCGGAACCCGGGUUCUCGCUGGGGAUCACGAUGGGGAUGGGCGGGGCGCGACUGUCGCACAACCACGAGCGCCAGUACACGUACGUCAUGCAGUCGAUGAUGCUGUGGAGGGAGGUGAGCAACGACAUGUUCAAGCUCUGGUACCUCGCCGAGGGCGACUUGCUGCGAGAGGGGGGGUAUUAUCAGCUGACCAACACGGGCCAGGGUUUAAAUCGAGUGCAGUCGGCGCCGCAGACGAACAAGGCGAUCCACCAGGUGCUCGCGCGGUGCCAGGCCAAGCUCGGUCACUGGGUGGGCAGCGCCGUGGUGCACCUAGGCGACCACAACGUCCCGAACGCCCUCAUGUUCAUCGACAAGUACACCCAGGUGCCGCGGAUCCUGAACCCCGUCGCGCUGGUGGUGCAACGAGUCGAGGAGCUGUGCGAAGACGACGGGCUGCGACAGUACGUGGAGAGCACGUUCGGGGGCGUGGACGAGUGCAGGAAGACCAUCUUGGCGGACUUUUUCAGGCACGCCUUCGACGGGUCCGGGGCGGAUAACUUCUUCGACGCGGGAUCGUGCAUCGACGGUCGGUUGACGAGCGCGUGGAACUGGUGCUCGAAGAUUGAGAAAAAGUCGUACUACCCGGUGUUUUCGCUGGCGGGUUUCACGGGGUUCGACGGCGGGGAUUUCAGGUCGUGAGGCGAUGGGAGUUACGGGGCCACGACGUACAAGUAGGCGUAUUGACAUUCAUUCGUUCGUCAUCUCUC